AUGUCUGAACACGUUGAUCCUUUCAAAAGAAAACCAUCUGGGUCAAAAUAUAGAAAACGAAAAGCAGAAAAAGAGAAGGAUUUUGAAAAAACAAAAAAGUUUAUGAAUAUAGGCAAAUAUAUCACAACAAGAAAUCAAGACCUUAAUGUGGCAUCUACAUCUGAAAUACAAGCGAAUGCAUCGGUAGUGGAGUCUCUGUCUGACAAGUCAGAUCAGUUAGCUGUUGAAGAGAUUGUGGACGAAGUUUCCCGAAGUGAGGAGACAAGUUGUGUUACAAUUACAGAUGCUGCUCAGGAUGACACUAUUGCUGAAAACAAUAUGGCGUUUAGAGGUACUUCCGACAAACUAUAUACGCCAAAUAAUGGAAAGUUCUUGGGUUUAGUCCAACUACUAGCCAAAUUUGAUCCAGUUAUGGAGGAGCACUUGCGAUUAGCUGUAAAGGGUGAUGUUUCUGACCACUACUGCGGAAAAGACAUUCAAAAUGAAUUAAUAGAGCUGAUGGGUGAAAAAGUGAAGUCAGAAAUCAUAUCACGUGCAAAGAAAUCGAAAUAUUAUUCUAUUAUAGCUGACUGUACUCCGGACAUUAGUCAUAUAGAACAGCUUUCACUGACAAUACGAUUUGUUGAUUUAUCAUCAGAUGUCGAUAAAAUAUCAGUAAAAGAGCAUUUCAUUGAAUUUUUACCUGUUAAUCAGUCGACUGGUGAAAGGCUGACUGAAGUUAUUAUUGAUAUUUUAAAUAAAUACGGACUGGAAUUGAACGAUUGUAUAGGUCAGGGCUAUGACAACGGAGCAAACAUGAAAGGAAAAAAUAUUGGAGUUCAAAGGAGAAUUCUGGACAUAAAUCCUUUAGCUGUAUAUGUACCGUGUGGCUGUCAUAGCUACAAUCUCGUACUAUGCGAUGCCGCUAAGUAA